CCGCGCGGGGAUAAGAGAGUGGACUGUGUGACAUCACACAGAUCUUUCCCUAGCCUCUCUCGGCAUAGCUCCGGUUUGUGUUGGGGGGAUGGUGCCGUGCCGAGGAUGAUAACGCUCUCGUGGUGUUGUAAUUUACUGCUUGGCUAAAACAUUCCACUUCCUAACCGAGCCACCCAUAUUGUUUUAUAUAUAUAUAUAGUACCCAUUUACGUAUGUAUUUUGGCGACGUUUAGGAAAAGUGGAGUACCCGUACGUACGACCACAGAGUGCACGCUGAACAACCGAUAAAAUGUAUUCCAGUGGAGUAGCUGGAGCUGCUGAGAUGCUUGAACCACCUCACUCCUCGGGGUCAAUUGGCUCUGACCCCUCUGAUCCAGAUCCCCCAUCUCCCCCAGUGCCAGAGUAUGUGUUCAAACCCCCCUCGCGGCCGGACUUUGGCACCAUGGGCAGGACAAUCAAACUGCAGGCCAACUUCUUUGAGAUGGAGAUCCCCAAACUGGAGGUCUACCACUACGACAUUGACAUCAAGCCAGAGAAAUGCCCCAGAAGGGUCAACCGUGAAAUUGUGGAGCACAUGGUACAGCACUUUAAAACGCAGAUCUUUGGGGAUCGAAAGCCAGUGUAUGACGGGAGGAAGAAUCUCUACACAGCCAUGCCCUUACCCAUAGGGAGGGAAAAAGUGGAGCUGGAAGUGACCAUCCCAGGCGAGGGGAAGGACAGGAGCUUCAAAGUGGCCAUAAAGUGGGUGUCCUGCGUCAGUUUGCAAGCUCUUCAAGAAGCCCUGUCGGGACGACUGCCAAACAUCCCCUUCGAGACCAUCCAGGCCCUGGACGUGGUCAUGAGACAUUUGCCCUCUAUGAGGUACACCCCCGUCGGACGUUCUUUCUUCACCCCUUCAGAGGGAUGCUCUAACCCCCUUGGCGGGGGCAGGGAGGUCUGGUUUGGGUUCCACCAAUCAGUCAGGCCUUCCCUGUGGAAGAUGAUGCUAAACAUUGACGUGUCUGCCACCGCGUUCUACAAGGCUCAGCCUGUGAUUGAGUUCAUGUGUGAGGUUUUGGAUUUCAAAAGCAUUGAAGAACAACAGAAGCCCUUAACCGACUCCCAGAGAGUAAAGUUUACCAAGGAAAUCAAAGGUAAUCAUUCAUUACCAGGUCUGAAGGUUGAGAUCACUCACUGUGGUCAGAUGAAAAGGAAGUACAGAGUAUGUAAUGUUACCAGACGACCAGCCAGCCACCAGACGUUUCCUCUGCAGCAGGAGAAUGGCCAGACCAUAGAAUGCACAGUAGCACAGUACUUCAAAGACAAGUACAAACUCAUACUACGCUACCCCCACCUCCCCUGUCUACAGGUUGGACAGGAGCAGAAACACACCUACCUCCCCCUUGAGGUAUGCAACAUAGUAGCUGGCCAGCGGUGCAUCAAGAAGCUGACAGACAAUCAGACGUCCACUAUGAUCCGUGCCACAGCCCGAUCGGCACCCGACCGCCAGGAAGAGAUCAGCAAACUGAUGAGAAGUGCCAACUUUAACAAUGAUCCUUACGUGCGUGAGUUUGGGGUGAUGGUGAGGGAUGAGAUGACCGAGGUGAAUGGCCGAGUCCUCCAGGCCCCAUCUAUCCUCUACGGAGGGCGGCAGAAUAAAGCAAUAGCAACUCCCAUCCAGGGAGUGUGGGACAUGAGGAACAAGCAGUUCCACACUGGCAUAGAGAUCAAGGUGUGGGCCAUCGCCUGCUUCGCCCCACAGAGACAGUGUACUGAACUUCUGCUCAAGGCGUUUACAGACCAGCUGCGUAAGAUUUCUCGUGACGCGGGGAUGCCCAUCCAGGGCCAACCCUGUUUCUGUAAGUACGCCCAGGGGGCGGACAGCGUGGAGCCCAUGUUCAAACAUCUCAAGUACACCUAUCAAGGCUUGCAACUGGUGGUGGUCAUCCUGCCUGGGAAGACGCCCGUCUAUGCUGAGGUGAAGCGUGUUGGUGACACGGUGCUGGGCAUGGCCACCCAGUGUGUCCAGGUGAAGAACGUUCAGAAGACCACUCCCCAGACCCUCUCUAAUCUCUGCCUGAAGAUCAAUGUCAAGCUGGGCGGGGUCAACAACAUCCUCCUCCCACAGGGCAGGCCCCUGGUGUUCCAGCAGCCAGUUAUCUUCCUGGGUGCUGACGUCACUCACCCUCCUGCUGGAGACGGGAAGAAGCCUUCCAUCGCGGCAGUGGUGGGGAGCAUGGAUGCCCACCCCAGCCGCUACUGUGCCACAGUGCGGGUACAGCAGCAUCGCCAGGACAUCAUCCAGGACCUGGCCACAAUGGUCAGAGAGCUGCUCAUCCAGUUCUACAAGUCCACCCGCUUCAAGCCCACCCGGAUCAUCUACUACCGCGACGGCAUAUCUGAGGGCCAGUUCAACCAGGUUAGACUUGAGGUGCUCCAACAUGAGUUACUGGCUAUCCGUGAGGCCUGCAUCAAACUGGAGAAAGACUACCAGCCCGGUAUCACCUUCGUGGUGGUGCAGAAGAGACACCACACUCGACUUUUCUGCAUGGACAGAAACGAGAGGGUUGGUAAGAGUGGCAACAUCCCUGCCGGCACCACAGUGGACACCAAAAUCACUCACCCAUCGGAGUUUGACUUCUAUCUGUGUAGCCAUGCUGGCAUUCAGGGGACCAGCCGACCAUCCCACUACCACGUGCUGUGGGACGACAACCAUUUCACCUCAGACGAGCUGCAGGUACUCACCUACCAGCUGUGCCACACCUACGUGCGCUGCACCCGCUCCGUGUCCAUCCCAGCGCCGGCCUACUACGCCCACCUGGUGGCAUUCCGUGCCCGCUACCACCUGGUGGACAAGGAGCAUGACAGUGCGGAGGGCAGUCACACGUCGGGACAGAGUAACGGGCGUGACCAGCAGGCCUUGGCCAAGGCAGUUCAGAUUCACCAGGACACACUGCGCACAAUGUACUUCGCGUGAAGCUCCAAGCCUGGGCACCGGGGUCGGCAGGGGUGAGACAGACCCCACAGGGAAGAAGCCUUCACUCCUCCCACCUAACCCCUUUACUGUGUCAGGUGUGGGCAUCAGUGGGUUUGUGCCGUCUAUUGUCUCUCCUCACCAGUAAGGGGUAAUGAGAAGUGUCAUCCCAAACAAAUUGGAAUGUUUUUUUUUCUUCCAAAAUGUCCACAAUUGUUUUCAAACCCACACAUGCAAAACCACUUUCUUCCCCUCUCCCUGGCCUAACCCUGGUCAUUAUUAGGCAGUAGUAUGUAAAAUGAUUCCUCAGAAAUCGGUUGUGGUGGGGUGGACUCAUUUAUUUGACAUGUUGUACAUUUUGUUUGUAUUUGUAAAUUAGUAGUUUACAGAGUUUGAGCAAAGGAAAAACUUUUAUUAGGAAAUACUUCUAUCAAAAACUAGAGGGCAGUAUCCUCACACUUUGAUUGUUUAGAAUCUAGACACAAGGUCACACUAAACUGUUUUCUCCAUAGUUAAACUUAAAAAAAAAAAUAGGGUUAAAGGGAGGUGGGCAUAUCGAAGAUAAGGGCCCGAUGGAAGGUUUAUAAUCAUUCUUUCUCUUCACAACUUCAUUAUUUAUCAGCCAAUCAAAGCAAAGUGCACUGACCAGAUGGAUACUUUGACCAGGACACAAGUACUUAACAUGUUGUCUUUUAAUUUGUAUGUACAGCUAUGAAUUGAACAGGCCUGUGUACAGUACCAGCCGCAGAGUAUUUGUCCAUCAACACUGGUGACCAACACACGUUUUUAUGCUGUAUCUGAUGACAGCAAGCAUUAGAUUUUCAUUAGACUUUGAAACUGUUCACACUUAUUUUUAAUCAAGACUAUACAAAUUAAUAAUAUGAAAUCUAAACUGUCAGCAAUUGUUGCGCUCUCUUGCCUUUUUUUACUUGGACUGAGUCGUUUUGUCAAUCUAUGGUCAGUGUUGCAAGAGAAACUUACUAAUAGAAUGGGACUGGUUCCUAACAGACACCUUUUUAUGUUCUGAGCCUUGUUACAUGUUAAGACAUCUACAUUAGGGGGGAGGUCAAGUCUCUUCAAAUUACAUUUUUGUAUCCCCUUAUUUUCAUGUUGUCUUUCUAAAAAAAAAAAAAAAAAUGUAAAAAUGAAUUUGUGUGUAGAUGACUCACACAUUCGAUUUGGAUAUGUUAAGCCUAUCUGUAGUUUUGAUCUUUUUCAAAUGGUUUCAAUCAUGGGUUUCUCCUUGCUGGGGGGGCAAGUCGUGUUGCUGGCAUCUUGUAGUACAGGCGUUGGUGUAUGAAUCGGUACAGUAGAGUGAGCCUAUGCUCCAAGUGUCACACAGCUUAGGGACUGAAGAAUGGGGUGGGGUUCUAUUGGGCGGAAAAGGAUUCCGGAGACGGAUAUGUUCUCUUCAUUAUUGCUCAGCAAAAAAGGGGGGGCAAUUAUUCGUAGUCAAGCAAAGUUUUUUUAAUUUUUAAUUGUGGUUCUUUGUAGCAUAGCCUUGAGGGACAUAAGGUAUAUUUUGAAUAAGCUUUUAGAAGAGAUUGUUAAAAUUAUAAUAGAAGCAUUUUUUUUAUUGGCCCAUAUGUAGUUGAAUUAAACUAAGUCAAAUUGGCUUUAUUUGUAUACGCAGAACUUUCAUGCAAAAAAAAUGUAAUGCCUUCCAAAACUGAAAUUAUACUGAUCUUUAGUAUAUUUAUUUUUAUUCCCUUUUCUGUUCUCCCGACUAAUUAGAUUUUAGCAGGGAAUUCUUCAUGUAGCCUAGAUGGGCUAGCUUUUAUCCCUCUUUUCUAACUAUGCAUUGUUUUUAACCAACACAUUUUUAGCAGUGAUGUUUCUCAAAUAUGAAUUUAGGGUAUUUUUAAAGUAGUAGUAACUUUUUUUUGUUUUGUUUGGUGCAUUUAAUAGCGUGCGUUUGUGCUUCUUUCCUAUACCUUUGUAAUGGUAUGGGGGAUUGUAUUUCAUUUGUAUCGUAUGUUUGCUAGCACAAAUUCGGUAUAUACUUUGUUUUACAAUCUCUCUUAGCCAAACAAGAUUACACAUUUUGUACAUUGAUGCACAAAAGGACAGCUUAAUUACAGGUGCUAGAUGUUUUCUCCUUCACUGUAACGUCACCUUAAAUCUGCGAUGGACUUCACUUGCCGUAAGUAUGGUAAUAGAUGAAGCAUUUUAGAACAUCUUUUUUUCUUUCUCCCUUAACGAUAUUCAUUACUUUAAUUUCUAAUUCCCUGUAAAGUAAUCCAAAAUUUGACUGUUUGUUGGGCAUUCUUAGAAAUCAAGUACUUGAUAUUUACUGUUAUGUCAAUAUUAUUAUUUGGUGCUGGUCUUGCGACUUGUAAAUUUGGAUGCACUUUUCAUAGAAGUCAACUUGGUAUUAAUUCCAUUGAUUGGUCGAGCCAAGCAGGAAACUCUAGCGUACAUUAUGAGUCUGGUGCAAUUGUGUUGAAAUGGCUGUGUGUUCUACCUCUUGUUACCUGUUCAAGUGUUAUGGUAACGUCACACUGCUGGUCAUUUCUUCAUAAUUACACAGGAUAUUAUAUCUGGUAGGCAUCAUUUGAAUCUUACAUUGUCACGAAAUGGAAUGAUUUUGAGCGUUUGUCAUGUGACAGUCGGUGAACCUGCGUUCUGUAAUCAUAGUUCUUGUGCACGAUCCUAAAGCUUUUUUUUUUUUUUUUUUUUUUUUGUGGUUAGAGAGCUACAUGAUCUUUAGUGUUGAGCUGAAAUUAUGUUGGUCCAACCAAGCUUUUGACUUGUCCUUUUUUUUCCCUAUGCGCCCAUGGAACAGCAUUCAUUUAGCGCCUUUUUUAUUUGUGGUAAAAUGUUUUAAACCAGCCAAUGCAAAACAUACAGAAAUAUAUCACUAACUUCAUUGCAUAUCCUUGGAGAUGGAUGGUAUGUUACCUAACUGACUGCUGGGAAACAUGUUGGUCAAGCCAAGGCUAACAAUUAUAGCUGCUCACCCACAAUUUGAUGAUUUACUAUUGUAGCCUAUGUCAUCUGUCUUUUAAACUAUUAGCUUGAUACUGAAUAUGCAACAUGUACUGCUGUGCUCGCAUAGAUACACAUGGGGUACAUGGAAAGGCAUCUCUCCCAUGUUGCUUUAAUUGGGUCAUUGAAUGUAGCUGUUCAAUGAAAUAUUAACAUUUUUGUUUUGGAAUGCAUAUAGUCUAAGCUCUGCCUCACGUUUAUUCAGGUUAUUGUUUGCUACAGUCAAUCGUACAGAGGGCAGAAACAUGUAGUCAAGUGGACUUGAUGUUAUUGAUAGCUUGAGUUUGUUUUUUUGCUAUGGAAACUAUGAUACAAGAUGUGUGCUUGUCCAUUGAAAUGUGAAUAUUUCCCUUUCAAUGUGGAUAAUGCUCAAUGCUUCAUACUACCAUUAUUUUCAUCAGUUUUCUCAACCUAAGUCUGCCCCACCCUUUGUUCAUCCUAAACUUGUUUCUUGGGAGAUGUGGUCUUGUUUUUACUGCUUAUACGUGUUUUAAGUUACCUAUUUAUACACAGCACCUUAGAUUAUAUCGGACCUGUACAGUAUUGCUUUUCCUGAAAAUAUCCAAAACAUUUAAUAAUGUUCUUUUUUGCACUAAAAUAAAAAAAAAAAUAUUUUGGAGCUGUUGUCUAGUUGAGUCACUAGUGUUGUCUCAGACAGAUUGAGAGAUCAGAUCAGCUGGUUUGAUUCAUCAUGAUGCUUACAUUGUUUAAUACUAGGCUAGUUUGUCAGGGGAGACCAUUAACUCAUUGCAUUGACAACUGGUCUGAGAUAAACACACGUGCACCUUGAAGUCAGACAUUCAGGUGGUUACACCUAGGCCUAUUUGUUGAGGGAUUCUCCCAGCCAACCAGCAUACAGUGGGUGAUUCACUGAAAAUAAUGCCUUUUAACGUCUUUGUCAAAUAAAUAACUGCCACUGGGUUGUGAUUGAAACUCCUCCCAGAAGAGGGUGCUAUUCAUGCAUUUAUUUGUUUUGAGCUUUUGUUUCUAUGGCCAUGAAAAAGCUUGAAGGUUGUGCGUGAGACAACAGCAUAUGCAAAGAUGAAACUGACAUCAUACCAUGUAUUCGGAUACUGGGUGGACGUCUGAUAGUUGUGAACAUUGUGAUUUUGUAUAUUGAACUGGUUGUGUAAAUGUGUAGCUAUAGUCUGAUGCCAAAGUUUGUGUGUGGAAAGUGUUCUGCAAGUUGGUUGUUAAAUAUGUAUUACUUGUGUUUUAUGGUCACCAGAAAUACGACUUCCAUAGAGAAAUCACAUGCAUCAACGAAUGUGGUAGAACUAGUGUCAUAUCAGUAUGUAGGAGUUAUCUGCAAACCUUAAGCUUUUUUUUGUCAACAUACAUGUAACUGCCAAAAUAAUGGUAACAUUUCAGGGGGGUUUUCUGGGUCAAAAUGGGGCUUGGGUGGUUGCGUGGCAGCCGAAAAUGUUAGAGGCCCUCCUGUUGGCCGCAGUGACAAUGUUGCUGUUUUAGGCACAUUUUCUGCAUUGCUACACAUUUUGCCAUGGCUUAUGCUAUCAGAGUGACUCAAACACAAUCAAUGGGGGCCUCAUGCCAUGACAAAUACUCCUGAAAGCAUCAUUUUGGGGAUUUUAGAUUCUCCUCGACUGUAGCUUUUUAUUUUGGUGAUUUUGUUGGUUCUCAAAGAAAUGAACUUUUUUUAAAGUGUGUGUAUGGGAUACCUACUCAGUUGUACAACUGAAAUGUGUCUUCUGCAUUUAACCCAACCCCUAGGUCUGUUUUCUGCAUACUUGAUCUGGUUUUAGUCAUUUUAUGUUUACACUGAAUAUUAAAAAAAAAAUUUAAUAACUGUUUGGACAUAGGCAGCCUGAAAAAAAAAACACUUCUGUGCAGAAAAAAAUCUGCACUUGAGUAAAUGAGGGAUACAAAGUUUAGUGAAAGAAGCUGCUUCCACAUGGGUGUGGUUCCUGAGUAAAUUAAGCAAUUAACAUCCCAUCAUGCCUAGGGUCAUGUAUAAAGAUUCUGGGAAGGACAUUAUUUUGGCUACCAAGGCUAUGCCUCCAUAUGAUGACCAUGCCUCUAUCCACAGGGCACGAAUGGUUUGAUGAAAAUUAUGUAAACCAUAUGCCAUGGCUGUCUGUCACCAGAUCUCAACCCAAUUGAACACGUAUGGGAAAUUCUGAGGCGGUCCCUGAGACGGCGUUUUCCAACACCAAAUGGUGGAAUUUCUCAUUUGAAGAAUGGUGUCACAUCCCUCCGAUAGAGGUCCAGACACUUGUAGAAUCUAUGCCAAGGUGCAUUGAAGCUGUGCUGGCCCAACGCCCUAUUAAGACGCUACGUUGGUGUUUUCUUUAUUUUGGCCGUUCCCUGUAGUUAUAUAGCUAUUUAGUAUUUUUGAGCCAAAUCAGGAAUGUACACAAGUGAGAUACAAUUGCCAUAGGGAACUCAACAGUUCAUGGGUGUGGUGUUGUACCAAGAAGUACACUAGUGGCUAGAUUGAGUGAACUGAAAAAUGGCAAGCCCAAGUAAAUAUUGAUGCAAAAUAACAUUUUAAAUUGUGUACCUACCAUCUCCGGUUCUUAAUUAUCACCUGAAAUCUCAAGAUGCAUAUUGACCUCCGCCUAGCGCUUUUCUGGGGAAAAGACCACAUUUACAUACACACAGUAUUCCAGAUAAUAGUUCAUAUCCCGCUUAAGCUCUUACUCGGGAUAAGCUGUUUACAUGCACCUUUUGAUAUCCCGCUCACGAGUAUCACGGUGUCCAUGAAUAAAUUGAAUAUUCCUUUAAGUUCCGAGGUUAAAUUGAAUAGUAAGUGGAAUAUGGACACUGACUGUAGGCCUAUAACCUCUCACAUGCAGAGUAAUAUAGUAAGUCCUGCAGAAUGAUGCAUUUAUUGCAGUAAAAUUAUAGAACAAAUGUUAAAUUUUGUCUCGGGAACAGGAGUGGAGAAAUUUGAUUUCUUUCAGCAUCUCUUGACAAAAAUGUGACUGCACGUGUAAUCUUUGACACUGUACUGCAAACAGACAGUAUUUGCACCACAAAAUAUGUACCCAAAACAAACGUGUUUAAUUGUUUUCUCAGCUUUACUUUUCCUUUAAAACCGGUCAAUCUUAUGACAUUGGUCCUGUGCAAAAUGUACAAAUCUUUCCACCUUUUUGAAGUUAGUGCGUUUUUCUCCCAGGUCCCUGAACUAAAUAGACAACUUUAUCGGUGUUAACUAGAUUGCUAGAAUUAAUGAACUAGUAAUGUAAGACAUUUAUUCUGGUGAGCUCUACUUUAUUUAGUCUUCUGGGACAACAAGUUAUGACUGAAGAUACAUGCAGCUUCUCUAACUAUAGUUGACAGACACAUGACCUACCAAAUGUUGAAAAUUAUAAUUUGGCCUAAAUGUCAGAAAUUAUAAGCAGAAAGUUGGGAGGUGAAAGUAGCCAGUAGGCUAUACGAUCCAGCACAGAGUAUCAGCAAAAUAAAUUAUUGAGGAUGGAACUGCACAGGUAGCCUACUUUUUAAAAAGUGAUUUGUUUGACAAUCAGAUGAAAACAUCACACAACACCCAUGAUAUUUAAAACUGAGCCUGUGCAGCCCAAGGGAAAAAAAUGGUAAACGGGAUAAGAUUUUUUACAUGCCACAGUAUCCCGUCUAAGAUCAGCAUAUCCCAGGUAUCUUAUCUGGAUUUUUCAUAACCGGGAUACAAGCUUUUCGGGUUAUUGUAAACGGGAUAUGUUUGUCAACUCAAACUGAAUACUUGAGUAUCCCGAAUAAUAACGGAAUAUUGGUGUGCAUGUAAACGUGGUCACUGACUAACAAGUAUGUUGAUGCGUUUUCUAGAAUUAAGACAUAUCACGUCAAUAGAUCAUUGGAACUGACCAGUACAUUCUAGUCCCAGGCCCUUGCAGAAAGAGGUGCUCUCCUUUUUAAGGCUGGGACAACGAGUCCUAUUGGGACUGUCUUUGAUUAUAAUUCAAUAUUGAUAUCAAUAUAUUUUGAUAAAAGUCAAUGUUGAGCAUUUGCCACCUGAUUUGUACUGUCAGUAUGAGUAGUUGAGGAACACAUAUUAAUAAAGGUUGUGAAUAAUAAUUGUUCUUUUGGUAUUUUGUCUCAGCCUAAUACAUAAAGAUAAAUAUUGGAUUGAUUCUCAUUUUAUCAUGCUUAUUUGAGUUGUGUCCAUGACAUUUUCAAAGGUAUUUGAGAUGGUUUAGUUUCUUCAUUGCUUAGCUUUACCCCAUAAUAGUUUUUGCUUAAGUGAUUGUAUAGCUUUGAUUUGGGCAGAACAUAGUAGUAUGGAUCCAUUACUUUUCUAUCUUAUCCAAAUACAAUAAUGGCUCCUGCAUCAGAGGUGAUACAGAUGUAAAUGACAACAGAUGCAUGUAUCUGUUUGCGCUAUUGUAUACUGUGGGCAAAACGAAACCUUUAGAAAAUAUAACAUCAGACUUGUAUAUACAGAAAGGCCUAUCCCCUUUGCCUUUUCCUGUCUUCUCUUGAAGGUCUACAGUUGAAAUACCAUCCCGGUUUAGUAGAGUAUAACUUAUUUUCUUAACUGAUAGGUUACAAUUUAUGUACUUAAAGACAGUGUUUGUCAUUAAGAAAUGUAUCCACCUGUAAUAUGGUAUAAAAUAAUUGUUACGCAUGCUCAUUAACUUCAAUCCACAAACUAUAAACCGAUUGGCUACUGAAAUUGGGAUGUGGUCAAGUCAGUCUUUGUUUUCCUAUGUUACUUAUCCUUAGCAUAGGCUAAUGGCACAUAUUGUCAAAUCAUUCAUUCCACUUCAGUCAUCAAUUUCUUACUCGGAUGACUAUUCAAUAUCAUACUGUACAUCUUAUCGCUGGUCAUCACAAUGCAAAAGUUUUUUUUCUCAUUUAAUAUCUUAUCUUAGUUCACUUUCGGGUAUAUAAUGAACAUUUUUAGACUUCUAUAAAACAAACGUUUUGGCUACAUAAAGUAUCACACAGGUGCAGUUGUGUUUUUUUCCCUGUUUCUUGUGAGGUGCUGUAAUAUUAGUGAUUUUGGCUUCUGCUUGUCUUAGUUAUGUAAUUCCACUACAGUACACACUAGAUUAGGGGUAUUCAACUCUUACCCUACAAGGUCUGGAGCCUGUUGGUUUUCUGUUCUACCUGAUAAUUCAUUGCACACACCUGGUGUCCCAAGUCUACAUCAGCUCCUGAUUAGAGGGGAUCCAGGUCCAGAGUUGAGUUUGAAGGCACUAGAGACUAAUGCUGCCUCAACCAACAUAAAUUUUUUCUUAUGACACAUGACCUCUGACAUGAUGCUUCAUGAGCAGCUGUUAGUGGUCUACAGAAUAUUCUAUUGAAGUCAUAGAUGCAAAAGUUGAUGCUUUGGCUUUUCUUUUGUCCUUUUUUGCUGGAAAUAUAGCUUUGUUUUUAGGAUUAGAUGUAUUUUCUUUCCACAAACUCUGACCGUUUCAGCAUGCCCAGCUAGAAAAGUCCAAUAUCGCAUUCCUCUCUCCCCAAUGAGAAGGUGGCACUGCUGUUUUUGAGUUCUUUGGUUGAGCUGAUUCCAAGCCCUAGCCCACGAUAGUUAUCAUACUAAGCUUGACCCCCUAUAACCCACAGCGAUGCUGUCUUGAGAUCCUAUUUAAAAAGAGAAUGGAGAACCUUCAAAGCUUCACCAAACGAAUGCCAUAUAGCGGAAUUUCGUGCAUAUAACAUGCAAGACUGACAUUGGGUAUUUUUGUAUCCUUCUACCAACUAAAGCCGUUUCCAUUGCCAGUUUGAAGUCAGCCUGGGUUGCACUGACAUUGGCGGGCUAGCUCGAAUUGAGUUUCCUCUGCCUCCAGAAAUGAUAAAUUAUGUAAUGUUGCUAGGUAGCCAAUGUAUAGCUGGCUUCGCUAAUAUUGCUAGCUAGCUAUCACCAUGUUGAAGAGUUCAAUUCACCAUGCUGUAACUAACAUUACCCCAUACCGUUGCCAGUGCCAGCCAGACUCAGUCAUGUAUUUAGCUUGCUAAAGUUAGCUAACUAUCUAAACAGUUAGCGUCAUCGCUAGCAUAAUACCUACCUUGCUUGCCACGGCACUGGCUAUUAGCUAGCUAACCAAGCAAACCAGAUGACAGGAUUGAUAUGAUGUCGCUAGCUUUCAAUACGACCUGGCCAGCAAAAAUUCCUGCUAGCUUGUUUCAACUCGAGUUGCAAGCUAAUGUUAGGUAGCCAGCAUUCGAGGGCUGACUGUUCUCAAAGUAUUUUGUAGUGCAAAAAUAAAGGAUACAGCAAUGGUGGUAAAGUGUGUAGUCUGACUACUGUAGUACUGCUUGUCCAUGUGCUAGCCAACAGCAUCAAGCCCAUACAAGCUAGCUAAACGUGGUGUCCGCAUUCUAAUUGAGUUGGCACCAGCUGUGAAACUGCGCUGGCCCAGGUUUCCCUCGACCCAGCUUGAAUUUGAGAAUUCCAUUUGAGCUCGAAUGUGGCCCUAAUUUGAAGUGCCAGUGGAAACAGGGCUUUAGUAAACUACCUCAGAACGGUCUCGGGUGCUACCGUUGUAUAUCCCUAAUUUAUGACGAAAACAGAAUUUAUACUGACCAAACAACACAAGUCAAUGCUGUGUAUUAUAUAGAUGUUAUUAUUUUACAUUAAAAAACGAAACAUCUACGGAUGAACUUUGUUUUAGUAUGUAAAGUUCAAGGGACCAAAUUUUGUAAUUGGAGUUAGUCUCAAUGUUCUUACAUGCAUGUGAUUCCUCCCUUUAAACAAAUGUAGUGAUAACAACCAAUGAACACGAACAAAAUGAGUUGGGAUUCGUUCAUGUGGCUGUAGUCAUGGCUGAACGAUAUAUUGGCGUGCCAAUGGAAUGACUUUUUAGAUCGACGAUUAAUCGAUAUUCCUGCAAUAGGUUUUUGGUAGUAUUACAUAGAAAUAGUGGGCUGCAGAUGGCGAGAAAGAAGCUUGUCAAUGGGAUGUUGUAUGCAGAGCAAUAACUGCUGAAGUCCAAACUAGGGUUGUGAUUUGCUUGACUAGGUUUUAUUAGGGGGCCUAGUCAAGGUGUAUGGCAAGUCUCACCUAGUGAGCUUCAUGAACCUUGGCUUGUGGUCUAGUGUGGCAUCUUUCAUUCAGCAUUUAAGAGAUUGCAAGUGGAUGUCUGAUAAAUGGAAUAUACUUAACAAACCUACACUACCAAACAUAAAAUGGUCCACAGUUAAAGCUGAGUGUCUGACACGAUCUGCAUCUAAGUGAUUUUAUCCAGUAUCGCAAUAACCCAGAAAAAAAUUGAAGCUACAAAUUAUCAACAUUUGGUAAUGUUUUUGAUGAAGAUGUCUUUUUGCAUGCCACAUUUUACAAAGGGAAUCAAAAUUUGAACUAUACUUUGAUCAAUGUAUUGUACAUUGACAUGAGAGAGAUAUCAUACACACACGGAUGUAGCCUACUGGGAUAUUUCAGUCACUCAAAAGGUACAAAAAAAGGUUGUAUGGAAAUGUAAUUCAAAUUCUUCUGUCAUUAUGGUCAUCUGAGCUAAAAACCAUCCUGUUUUGUGUGUGCCUUUUUUUUAGAGUUCAUUUCCACUUCAUGGGUUGCUUACACAUUGAUUCACAGAGCCACAAAAUACUUUCUACAUGAAUUAUCAUGUGAACAUGCUGCAUAGAACGAUCAGUAUGUGUUUUGCACUUUCAAGGCAGCUUGUGGCUGGGCGGACAGAAAAAUAAAGGUAUUUUAUGCCAUCAAUAGGAAUUAAGAAAUAAUAUGACUUUGAAGAUCUCCUCCCCCCCCAAAAAU